AUGUAUACCCUGGAUAUCCUGGAUACCCUGCAUAUAUAUACCCUGGAUAUAUAUACCCUGGAUAUAUAUACCCUGGAUAUGUAUACCCUGGAUACCCUGGAUACCCUGGAUACCCUGGAUACCCUGGGUACCCUGGAUACCCUGGAUACCCUGGAUACCCUUCAUAUGGAUGCCCAUCCCAAAAAUGCCAACAACCGAGGUGCCCAACAGGGGGAUGCAAACUACCGAGCUGCCCAACAGGAGGAUGCAAACCACCGAGCUGCCCAGCAGGAGGAUGCCCAGGAGUUAGGCUUACACCACCACCACCAAUUCCAAAACCCGAAAAGGUAGAGGACAAGAAAGAGGACAAGAAAGAGGACAAGAAAGGGGACAAGAAAGAGGACAAGAAAGAGGACAAGAAAGAGGACAAAAAAGAGGACAAAAAAGAGAAAAAGAAAGAUAACAAAAAAGAAGAAAAGAAAGAAGAAAAGAAUACCCCUAGUCCCUCCGGUGGCUCAAUUAACAUUAAUAAAAACAACGUUACAAAAAACGAUUAAAUACUACAGUUGGAAAAUGUUAAUAAUUAAAAAAUUAUUUUUUUAAAAUGUAAUCUAUAUAUUACUUUACUGUAUUAAUAAAAUAGAUCAGCUAAUUGGCUUCGGCACCACAUAUAAUAUAUUGAACAAACUAUCGGAAAAUAGA